GAGAGAGAGAGAGAGAGACCGAGAGAAGAAAACCAGAAAGCAUGAGAUGAUGAGAUCAUGAGAGCAGCUCUCCGGAAGGUGUCAACAAUGGCGACGGGAACGCCCAAUCCAAUUGGUUUGAGCCCUAGGCUUGCUAGCAUCGUCCAGCAGCUCCGGCUUUACAAGCCCUCAUCGCCCCCUAACGACGAUGAGGACGCCGUAGAGGAGAUGGACGCGCGCGGCAAGAUCUUCUCCCAGCUCGGAUUGGCGGAAUCCAGUGCCCCUUGCCGCCCGGAGAAGCUCCCACCUCGGAGCGCCGCAGUUCUCAUCUGUCUCUUCGAGGGCGACGUUGGCGAUCUCCGUGUCAUCCUCACCAAGCGCUCCUCCAAUCUCUCCAGUCACUCGGGGGAGGUGUCGUUGCCUGGGGGGAAAACGGAGGAGGCGGAUGUUGAUGAUGCGGAUACGGCGACAAGAGAGGCCAAGGAGGAGAUUGGCUUGGAUCCUUCUCUAAUUACUGUUGUCACGGUGCUUGAGCCCUAUUUAUCUAAGCACCUUCUGAGAGUAGCUCCUGUGAUUAGCAUACUUACAGACAAGCAAGCAUUUAAACCCGUUCUAAAUACCGAUGAGGUAGACGUAAUAUUUGAUGCCCCAUUGGAGAUGUUCCUCAAGGAUGAGAACCAUAGGUCGGAAGAACGAGAAUGGCUGGGAGUCAAGUAUCUCAUUCAUUUCUUUGACUAUGAAUCAAAGGACAAUAAAUUUGUUAUAUGGGGUCUCACUGCAAGUAUCUUGAUUCGCGCCGCAUCAGUUGUUUAUCAGCGGCCACCUUCUUUCCUCGAGCAGAAUCCACGAUUCAUGCUCCCGAGCCCUUCAAGUGGGACUUGUUCGAUUUAGAGCUAUGAUUCUUCUUCAGAUUUCUUUGCCGAUAAUUAAUAAUAAUGAGAAGAAAAAGUGUUUGCAAUUAAGGCAGUAUAUUGUUUAACCUGAGCAAGAAAUGCUUAUACUGAUCAUGCUUUCAUUGUUAAGACCUCAGCAAAGUUAUAUGUAGAGUGUUAAAUUUGUAAUAGUAUUCUUUGGAAAAUAUUAAUGUUAUUUAUAGUUAACAGUUUUACCUGAUAAA